AUGUGCGCAGGGUCGCUGCGCUGAGAGCUCAGCUCACACACUGCAGCACUGAGAAGGACUCAACGCUGGAUGUAUUGCUGAUUAUUACUCAGUAUUAAAGAGAAUAUUUGAACCAUUCUUUUUCCAAGCUUUUUUCGUAACACGCAAGACAGGGAUGAAGUUUCUUGUUUUUUCCCUUCUUCUGCUCCUCCCUCUGGUGUCUGCCCAGACCUAUAGAUGGGGACCCUGUCCAUCUCCCAGAGUCCAGCCCAGCUUCGACCUCAAGCAGUACCUGGGAACGUGGUAUGAGAUUGAGAAACUCCCAGCAUCGUUUGAGAGAGGAAAGUGCAUUGAGGCCAACUAUGCUUUGAGGGGGGAUGGCACAAUCAGAGUUGUCAACACCCAGACUUAUAAAGGCAAAGUUAGGCCUGUCGAGGGAACAGCUGUUGUGCCAGAUCUCAAGGAACCAGCCAAGUUGGGAGUCAGUUUCUCUUACUUCUCUCCCUACAGCGCGUACUGGGUGCUGAGCACAGACUACGUGACUGGGGCAGUGGUGUACUCCUGUACCGACAUUAUGAAGGUGUUCCACGUGGAGUUCGCCUGGAUCCUGGGGCGCUCACGCUUCCUGACUGUUGCCACCGUGGAUCAUGCCAGACAGCUGCUGCAGCAAGAAAACAUUGACAUCACUUAUUUAAAGGCCACUGACCAGUCAGGCUGCUAAUACGUGUAAAAA